AUGUACGCUCCCGAUGCGGUGCAAGAGCGCCUCGCGAUGGGCACGCUCGAUGGCUUCAACCACCGCGAGUACGUGGAGGGGACGGAGGAAGACUACGAGACCUCCAGCCUGACGUCGCCCGACUGCAGCUACACCCAAUUCGACAUGCCGCGCCUCGAAGCCACGACGUCACUGCCGAGAGCAUUGGGAAUCGCUUCGCUGCCAACCCAAACUCGCCGCAAGAAGCUCUCAACUUCGGUCGUGGAGUGUCGCCAGAUGAAGCACACUUCCAAAGGAGUGUCCCUCGUCUGCACCGGCUAG